AACGUGACAAAAAACAUAUAUAUAUACUUUGUUUUUUCGGUACGCUUAUGCGUGUGUUCGUUAUCCCGGGAAAAGAGCAGCCAGGAGACUGGUCAUACUAUUUUGAAGGUGAUAUAGCAAAUUACUACGUUAAACCAUAUUCAUCAUUGGCGAGGGGCAUAACUGAUCGCUGACUUUAAUUUCGUGACGUGAAAACAUGUGUUGAAGGGCUGGUUACUAAGCUAUGUUUUCGGUAUUUACGGAAGUGCUAGUGAUAUUCUAUUUAUUAAAACUGUUUUCGUCGUGGAUUUGGCAGUUUCUCUCAUUCCAGAUUUACAAAGAUGGAACAUACAGUAACAAAGAGUUUGACAGAUCAGCCGGAGGAGAGCAUUGUUAUUCCACUAAUUGAGGUUCCAUCUGUGAAGAUAAGCCUGCCCAGUGUGUCUAAUGACUUUCUACCGAUAAAAACUAACCAUGCCUUGGAUCCUGGCCUAACAAUCCAACAGAGUGGAACCACUACUAGAAACACGAGGAAGACGACUGGCAUUGCAUUUUCCGGGGGAGGCAUUCGGUCAGCCGCAUUUUGCUCUGGUGCUCUGCGUAGAAUGUUACAAGAUGACGUUCCUUUGGAAUAUUUAAGCUGUGUUUCUGGGGGAGGCUUCACUGGUGCGGCUUUCAUGGACUGGAAAUAUCGGCAAGAAACUAACAAGUGGAACAACAAAAAGACGUGGCAUAACGAAUUCUUUGAACGGAUGCGAACCAAUGCUGGGUACCUAUGCAGUUGGCAGAAUCCCGUUUUGGGAAUUUGUCAGUCAAUACUGCUUAUAUUGGUUGUGCUCUGUGUUGUGUGUUUUUUGCCAUGUACGCUUUGGCUUCCGUAUGCACUUCCUGUAGCCGCAGCUAUAGACUUCCUCUUUGGUGAAAUAUUAAGAGAGAACUGUACUUCUUCGCAUGGUGUACAACAGGAUACUUCGUCUUCGGUUCUGAUGAUAGACCUCUACAAUGGAUGCCAACCCCCUGUCAAUCAAAUGCUGCUCUUUACAAUUACUGCGACAGUUUCUCUUGCGUGCUACAUGCUUUCAAGACGCAGAAAUCUCGUGAAAUACAAAGGUCCCUUGAAAUUGCUCUCAACCCUGAGUGGACUGGUAUUCGCUUUUACUCUAUUUCCAUGGAUUGCACACGAUAUUCUAUGGCCGUCGAAAAUGUGGGUCAGAUAUCUCAUUUUCUUAAUUUCUCUCGUGUUUCCGUUCUUCUUCCCCGUCAUUCGUAAAAGCGCUGGUUUAUGCCUUCGUUCUUAUGUCUACACAUAUGUUUUGAGCUGGAAAGUGUUCAAGGUUAAGUUGAUGGGAACAGUGGCGUAUUCUGAUGACGUCUUCUAUCCGGUGUUGAUGGUGUGUGCCUUGUUUUUCAUCUUCUUUCCAGUCGUUAGGUCGCUUCAACAAUCUCUGUUCAACGUCUACUACAGGUAUCGGUUGACCAACGCGUUUUUCAUGCAUGGAGCUAAAAUCCGGUGUGGGGAUAUCUUUCACUGGUGCGGGCGACCAAUAGAUGACCAAUUCAGAAGGGUUGGUGAUACGGACGACGAGGUAACACUCCAAGAUCUCGAAGACAUAUCACCCGUAUUUAUCAGCAACAUUACAGCUAACGACUGGCAGAUUGCCGGUGGAGACGACCACGUUUAUCAGCUGAUAACAUUCUCGUCAGAAGGAGUCAAAGUUAUAGGCACCGGUGUAGAAAAUGGGGAAAUUCUAGCACGUUAUUUUGCAGGCCGUUUCCAUCCACACCUCAUGAAGUUGUCUGUAGCAAUGGCCGUAUCUGGAGCAGCUGUAAGCUUUGAUAAGGAAGGAUGCCAGAGUCGCCUAGAUACGGUAUUGGACCUGUUUGCUUUGAUGGGAAUUCAGAUGGGAGAGGAGAUCGUGUGCGAUGAGUGUCCAGAGGCUGAAAUAGGCUGGAAGGAGAAGAUUACACGAAUCCUGGUUGAAAUCUCAUGUAUUACUCCUCUGAUUGCCUUACCAUUUGUCUACUGGUUGGGAAACAGCAAAGAAUGGGUGGUAUACUUAGUGCUCCUCCACAUGGCGGUAGCUGUAUUGUUAGCUAGUCUAGCUGUGCUCAAUACUGGGUCUAUCCAGCCAGGAAAAAUGGAACGUUUUGUCAGAUGGUGUGUCACCCACAUUUUCUUUGUUCGCUUCUUUCGUGGCUUUUUAAACAUCAAUAAUGUGGGCACGAAUUCUCCACCAGUACUGCGACUCAGUGACGGAGGGCAUUUUGAGAACCUUGCCUUACUUCCACUGCUUGACAAAAAGUUACAGAAAAUUGUUAUAUUUGAUGGUUCCUGUAACCCUGGUGGCGACAAGUAUGCCGAUUCGUUAAUCCACGCUUUAAAGAUGGCAAGGGAAAAACUCCACUGCUCUUUUACAGGAAUAAGUGGCAGGGAUAUCAACGAAGAUAUCAGAGUGCACUUCCUGAAGAUGAAGUCACAUCAAAGACCAAGAAGUUAUAGGUUCCGAGUUCAUUACUAUGACGAGGAAGAUAACCAAAUAGGCGAAGGAGAGAUACUAUUUGUUGCACCAAGACACCCAUCUGAGAGCAUUCCAUUAAGAAGAAUCGUCACCGAGCAACCAAAACUUUGGACAUCGUUUGGCGUCGAACUAGAUGAUCCCGACCACAAAAAGUGGGGGAAAAGCCCGGAGAUUGCUGAACAGGAAGCCGACAGACUAACUGGCUGCUGCUGUCUUUGUUGCGAUAGAAACAGUUGCCAAUAUAUUUCUUCAUUUUCUCUCGGUAGAUUUCCUCAUCACAUCACAGCUUGUCAGUUCUUUACUCCUGACACCUUCAGUGCAUAUCAUCGUGAAGGCUACGCAGCUUGUGUUGAAGCUGAUGUAUUGGCAUUUUUUAAGACCCAACAAGGCUAUUAGAACUAGUUACGGCAAAUAUAACUUGCACUUUUGUAGUCUUCAGUUCUAUUUGGAGUAAUCUGAAUGAAGAAUUAAAAAGUCUGAGCGAUCUCUAAGCAAGCAAUAACAAAAAAAUUUCUUGAGUAUUUAUGUUUAAAGCCGACUUUUAUUUAAUGUUUUCUAAAGCACAUAGAUACAAAUACUGCUUCUAUCAUUAUCUAGUUCAUUUUUCUCGUUUCUUUUUUCAUUUAUCCACUUAUUUAAUGUUUUUUGUCUUGAGCUUUACAACGUACUCUGAUAAAGUUUGUAAAUUUGUGUGACUACACAGCUCGUUUACUAUCUACUAUUCUCAGUAGUUUUUUGCCUUAUUAAUUUUACUCACUGCUUCACUUAUUCUACAUUCUGUGGCAAAUAAAUGGUUGGUUGUUGCUA